AGCAGGGAGGCCCUGGGAGUACUGGUGGAUGGCAAGUUGGCUAUGAGCUGGCAGUGUGCCCUGGCGGCCAGGGGGAAAUUCAGCCAGCAAGAUCCAGGCAGACUCGGUGUCCAGCACUCCGGGAGUAAUGUUCACAAGCCAAAGCACAAGUUCCACCUCAACUCCAGAAAGAACUUCUUUACGUUGAGGCUGGCAGAGCACUGGAAUAGGCCGCCCAAGGGAGUCGUGGAGUCCCCCUCUCUGGAAACAUUUCAAACCCAGCUGGAGGCUUUCAUGUGUCACCUGCUCUUGAUGACCCUGCCUUGGCAGGGGGAUUGCACUGGAUUUUUUCCAAAGGAUGGGUUACAUCCAAGGAAUCUUAUCCCAGAGCUUUGUAGACUGUUUUAUGAUUUAGGUUGGGUAACAGGAACUGGUGGAGGAAUCAGCUUGAAACAUGGGGAUGAAAUCUACAUCGCUCCUUCAGGAGUCCAAAAGGAGAGAAUACAGGACUCCCUCUCCCAGAAUAGAGUAAUACUUGGAAAGAUUUGUCAUCUCAUAAAUCUGAGGAUAAAUACAGUGAGGAGUGAAAGGAAUUUCUGCACUGGUAGAAACUUGGGGUCUCACAGCAGUGUUUGCUGGGGAUGUGGAGAAGUAAGGCAGGCAAAGCCAGAAGAUAUGUUUGUUUGUGACAUGAAUGAACAGGACAUCAGUGGUCCUCCACUGCACAAGAAACUAAAGAAAAGCCAGUGCACACCACUUUUUAUGAAUGCCUACACUAUGAGAGGGGCAGGCGCAGUGAUCCAUACACAUUCCAAGGCUGCUGUUAUGGCUACCCUUCUUUACCCAGGGAGUGAGUUCUCUAUUACUCAUCAGGAGAUGAUAAAAGGAAUCCAGAAGUGUACUUCAGGAGGCUAUUACAGGUAUGAUGAUACACUAGUGGUUCCUAUUAUUGAGAAUACACCAGAAGAGAAGGAUCUCAAGGAGAGAAUGGCACGUGCAAUGGAAAAAUACCCAGACUCUUGUGCUGUCUUGGUCAGACGUCACGGUGUUUAUGUGUGGGGAGAGACAUGGGAAAAAGCCAAAACUAUGUGUGAAUGUUAUGACUACUUGUUUGAUAUCGCAGUGCAGAUGAAGCAGCAUGGGUUAGAUCCUUCAAAACAUCCAUCAGGAGAAAAUGGGAUCUUGUAAAUGUCAACAGCAUUUAUAUUCAGGUUUCUUACAUGAUAAUGGGAGUUCCAGCUUUCACCCCACAUUACUGAAGCCAGAAGGGGGUGCUGAUCCUCAGCUGAUUGACAAAUAUCAAAGGAAGCAGGAACUUUUAACUGUUAAAUGCACCCAAGAAGAAAAGGAGAGUUAAAAAAACCCCAGCUACUGAACAAUCAUUGCAAUUUACAAGUCCUGUUGAAUGCCACAGCAGGAGGAAUGAAAAUUCAGAUGCAAAAAUACUUUUGAAAAAGUUCGGAGAAAUAAUGUCACAUUUUGGUUUUGUGCCUUAAAAAUUAGUAUUUCAACAACCUGCAUUUAUUGAUCCUGCUACUUCAUUGAACUUGAAAUAAGUCUCUAUUUCUGAAAGUUAUUGUAGCUUUUAUUCUUUGGAAAAAAAAGUGAGGACAACCCCUAAUUAGAAGUUAAUAAAGCUUAAAGCAUUGUUUCAACUGUU